ACGCCCUGUCUGAGCUCACCAGAGAAGUCUGCUCCACACACACUGUAUUUAUAGCAGCUACGAGGCGUGCCCAGUGUGUGGCACUUCUCUUUUUUUAAGUAACGUGGCUUCCGAAAGUUGCGCACACCCCCAGCUCAGCGGAGCGCGGAGGCCCGGCGGCAGGCGCGGGCGAGGGGCGUCUGGGCGCAGGUGGCCCUGCGCUGUGUGCACCCGGGCGGCGAGUUCGCGGCUGCUCGCGGGAUGGCUUGCAGAUGCAAGAUGUGUCUCCGGCCAGCAGGAGGAAGGAAGAGGAAGUGAGACCAGCGGCCGCCCGCGGCGCAGCAGCCGGUCGCCCCAGAGUGUAAGUGCGUGUGCGGGGCGCGUGAGCAUGGGCGCGGGAUAGCGGCCGCAACCCGCGGCGGAGCCUCGCUGGGUCCCCUGCUUCCUUUCUUCUUCCUCCUAACCCCCGCCUCCGGCCACCGGUCGCCGGAGCUCUGCGCGCCCGGAACGGUCCCCAGCGCCAGCGCAGUCCUGCGACCCCCGGCAGGUGUAGACACGUGUGACCAUCCACGCCACAGGAUCCCAAAUUCCACUGGCUUUGGACUUCUUUGGGGCUUACCAUGCCGCCACCCGUGGACAUUGUCAAGGUGGCCAUAGAAUGGCCGGGCGCCUUCCCCAAACUCAUGGAGAUUGAUCAGAAAAAACCACUGUCUGCAAUAAUAAAGGAAGUCUGUGAUGGGUGGUCUCUUGAAAACCAUGAAUACUUCGCACUGCAGCAUGCUGAUAGCUCAAACUUCUAUAUCACAGAAAAGAAUCGCAAUGAAAUAAAAAAUGGCACUAUCCUUCGAUUAACCACAUCUCCAGCUCAGAAUGCCCAGCAGCUCCACGAGCGCAUCCAGUCAUCCAGCAUGGACGCCAAGCUGGAGGCCCUGAAGGACUUGGCCAGCCUCUCGCGGGACGUCACCUUUGCCCAGGAGUUUAUCAACCUGGACGGCAUCUCUCUGCUCACCCAGAUGGUCGAGAGCGGCACUGAACGAUACCAGAAGUUGCAGAAGAUUAUGAAACCUUGCUUUGGGGACAUGCUGUCCUUCACACUGACGGCCUUUGUGGAGCUCAUGGACCAUGGCAUCGUGUCGUGGGAUACGUUCUCAGUGGCAUUCAUUAAGAAGAUAGCAAGUUUUGUGAACAAGUCUGCCAUGGACAUCUCAAUCCUGCAGCGGUCUUUGGCCAUUCUGGAGUCCAUGGUGCUCAAUAGCCAUGAUCUCUACCAGAAGGUGGCACAGGAGAUCACUAUCGGCCAACUCAUUCCUCAUCUUCAAGGCACAGAUCAAGAAAUCCAAACCUACACCAUUGCUGUGAUUAAUGCGCUUUUCCUGAAGGCCCCAGAUGAGAGGAGGCAGGAGAUGGCAAAUAUUUUGGCGCAGAAGCAGCUCCGUUCCAUCAUUUUAACACACGUCAUCCGAGCGCAGAGGGCCAUAAACAACGAGAUGGCGCAUCAGCUCUAUGUCCUGCAAGUGCUCACCUUCAACCUCCUGGAAGACAGAAUGAUGACCAAGAUGGACCCGCAGGACCAGGCUCAGAGAGACAUCAUAUUUGAACUUCGAAGAAUUGCUUUUGAUGCGGAGUCUGAACCAAACAACAGCAGCGGCAGCAUGGAGAAGCGCAAGUCGAUGUACACCCGGGAUUAUAAGAAACUUGGCUUCAUUAAUCAUGUCAACCCCGCUAUGGACUUCACCCAGACUCCUCCCGGAAUGUUGGCUCUGGACAACAUGCUGUACUUUGCCAAGCACCACCAGGAUGCCUACAUCCGGAUUGUACUGGAGAACAGUAGUCGAGAAGACAAGCAUGAAUGUCCCUUUGGCCGCAGCAGCAUAGAGCUGACCAAGAUGCUGUGUGAGAUCCUGAAAGUGGGCGAGCUGCCCAGUGAGACUUGCAAUGACUUCCACCCGAUGUUCUUCACUCACGACAGAUCCUUCGAGGAGUUUUUCUGCAUCUGCAUCCAGCUCCUGAACAAGACCUGGAAGGAAAUGAGGGCGACUUCGGAAGACUUCAACAAGGUCAUCCAGGUGGUGAGGGAGCAGGUUAUGAGGGCGCUGACAACCAAGCCUAGCUCCUUGGACCAGUUCAAGAGCAAACUGCAGAACCUGAGCUACACUGAGAUUCUGAAAAUCCGCCAGUCUGAGAGGAUGAACCAGGAAGAUUUCCAGUCUCGCCCAAUUUUGGAACUGAAGGAGAAGAUCCAGCCAGAGAUUUUGGAGCUGAUCAAGCAACAACGCCUGAAUCGCCUUGUGGAAGGGACCUGCUUUCGGAAACUCAAUGCCAGGCGGAGGCAAGACAAGUUUUGGUAUUGUCGGCUUUCACCAAAUCACAAGGUCCUACAUUAUGGAGACUUGGAAGAAAGCCCUCAGGGAGAGGUGCCCCACGAUUCCCUGCAGGACAAACUUCCGGUGGCAGAUAUCAAAGCUGUGGUGACGGGAAAGGACUGCCCUCAUAUGAAAGAGAAAGGUGCCCUUAAACAAAACAAGGAGGUGCUUGAACUUGCUUUCUCCAUCUUGUACGACUCCAACUGCCAAUUGAACUUCAUUGCUCCUGACAAGCACGAGUACUGUAUCUGGACCGAUGGACUGAAUGCACUGCUCGGGAAAGACAUGAUGAGUGACCUCACACGGAAUGACCUGGACACCCUGCUCAGCAUGGAAAUCAAGCUCCGCCUCCUGGACCUGGAAAACAUCCAGAUCCCCGAUGCACCCCCACCAAUCCCCAAGGAGCCCAGCAACUAUGACUUCGUCUAUGACUGUAACUGAGGUGGCUGGGCCCAGACAUGCCCCUCCCCCUAAACUGGAAAAAUCUAGCUAACAGGAGAGAGGACCAGAAGUGUGGGUGCAUCCUGGAAUUGUCUUUGGUAAAGGGAAGCUGCAAGUCAAUCCUUCCUCUGGUCUCCCUUGGCGUUUUCAGCCCCAUCCUGGCUCCUUGCCAACCUCCUUGAAUCUGAUUAUAGACUUACUGCUUUAGAUUGCUUCCCAUUGCUGCAGAUCACUGGUAGGACAAACGCAAAACCCACCUAAUAAAAGAGGCAAGGAACCAUCUGUCCCAAUCCCUGGCCAGCACGUCCUUCCUUCUUGGAGGAGGAAAGCCAGCAGUUCCAGGCUGGUGCCAGAUUUGCCCACCACACCAAGAAGAAUGGCCCCACAACUGGGUCUGGAAGAAAUGGCCUAGCUGCUUGAUGAGAAGACCAAACAUCAUGUCCCCUUUGCCUUCUUUAGGGCCAACUUGUACCACCGAUUCUAUCUGAGUUCAGAUCUGCAUCCAGAUCUCCCUCCCUGUCCUUGCCUUGGCUUUGCCCUGGUCCACUGCAGCCCCCAAAAGCAGUAGCAACAACCUCAUCAUAGUCCUCGCAGGCACUGGAUCUCCCAGACAGUCCACAGAGCCCGUGCCCUCUCCGCGUGUGCACUGUGACAGUGCCCGACCUCCCCUCCACACCAGCCAGUCUUGGGGUUCCUCUCCCUACCCCAACCUGGACCUGCCUUCUUCAUGCCACACCUGCUCCCAGCCUAUUAGCUGAAAGCACAAAUGCAAUCAGUAGUCAUGCUCCGUCCCUAAUAGACUAAGCCUAAAAGCCUCUGUGAGGGGCUGUCGCUAUCCAAGAGUUAGGUGUCACCUCCUCCUGGGGGCCUUGCUGCAGAACAGGUUCCAUGGGAUGGUCGCGCUCUCAGACAUCCUAGUUUACAUCGUUGUAAUUAUUAUAGGUAUUUGCAAUUUGCAAGGGUUUUGGGUUUUUUUUUUUUUUGCUUUGUUUUUGUACAAAAGAGUCUAACAUUUUUUGCCAAACAGAUAUAUAUUUAAUGAAAAGAAUAGAUACAUAAAUGUGUGUACUUUCCAGGGUUUUUUUUUAAUUAUUUUAAUCCCAAACAUCUUCCUGAGAAUAACAUUCCCUUACACAUGCUGUGGAAUAAAAUUAAUUAUAAUGAGA